AUGGCUCUUUCUGGCAUCCUGCAAGAAGCUGAAACUGCUGUUGGUCUACAGAGCUGUCAAGCUGCUGAUUCAUUCGAUUACAAAACCUUUUUUGUCAAAGUCGGUCUCAACUUCAAGUCCAAAGACCAGCUCACCAAAGUCUUUGGAAUUCUUGACCAGGACAGUAGUAGCUUUAUUGAGGAAGAUGAACUAAAACUUUUCCUGCAGAAUUUCUCAGCCAGUGCCAGAGCUGUGACUGAUGCUGACAACAAGGCAUUCCUGGCAGCAGGUGAUAGUGAUGGAGAUGGUAAAAUUGGAGUGGACAAGUUUCAAGCUCUGGUCAAAUCUUAA